AUGACUUUUCCUGGUACACCAAAGCUUAUCACAAGGCAAUCUCUAUCGUCAGUAGUCUCGUCAGCUUGCGAUGUUACACCUACAAAGCCAUUAGAUUUACGCGAAACGUAUGCGAAGUCGCUGGAAAACAAUGAGUCGAUGAGGAGUUCUGAGUCUAGACUGGCCAAUGGAUCAUACCUCAAUAAGGCAUUAAACCGCGAGCCAAAUUCGACAUACUCACCAAAUUCACUGAUAGCUUCGGCUUCUGAAUUAUCCUUCAAGACUGCAGAUUCUUUUACGACGAAGCUUGACGAACAGGAAUACAAUGGCGAACUUGAUCAUGAGCGAACGAUUAAUUCGACCACCUCAAGUGGUGACCACACACCAAUCGUCGCUCCGCAUUCUGCAUUUGACAACUCAACGCCUGUGAUCGGAAAUGACGAGCCUUAUAAAGCUUCUGAGUAUCAUUCCACAGACAGUUUCAAUUUCGUUGAACCAAGCUAUGACCCUGUGACAAGUGGGUUGGGUAUCUCAUCUACAAAUUUCACCGCUGGCGGUAACGAUGAAUACUCUGGUCUUCAUACAGACUUUUCCAAACUCAAUAGCGAAGAUUAUGUACAGUCACACAAUUCACCAUCCAAGAUAUCGCAUUCUUCGCUGAACUCCCCAAAAAAGCUGGCAAGGAAAAGCAUUCACGAUGCUCAUUUCAAGAACCCAGUUAAUCUACCGACUCAUGCUGAAGAUAUUUCUGUCAAUACGAGUAUGUCCAUGCACUCAGCUAUGGGCAGCGAUACAAAUGAAGAUACCCUUUUAUCUAAUGAGGAAUCCAGGGCCCUCAGCACAGAGCAGAGCGGACUUAAAGACCCUUGCAUUGGCGUAGAAAGAAAACAUACCUUCAAGAGAAGUUCAGAACUUGAUCUUGAUGAGUCGAAUUUAGCAUACCUUUUCAUUGUUGCGGUUCACUCUUUCAAUUCCCAGUCUCUAAAGAACGAAGAGGAUAUGGCAAUUUGCUUGUCAUUUGAAAAAAAUGAUGUGGCGUUUGUACAUACGGUGGAUGAGUCUGGUUGGGGUGAGGUAACUUUAAUUAGAACUCAAAAGAGGGGAUGGGUACCUUUCAACUAUUUCUCGGAUAUGACAAAAACUACUUCAGAUGAAGAGAAGGAACCGGGACUUGGUAAUGAUUCUCGAGGACCCUUAAAAAAGCUUUUAUCCUCAUCUGCUAAAUUUCUACUACAUCCUCAGGACUUUCAACUGCCAGAUGGAUUGAGUAUGAGCUUCUCUCUAAAGUACAUCAAUGGAAUCAGGGACGGUGUCAAAUAUCUGCUUGAGGCCACAGGCUGUGUUUCAAGAUCUAAUGAACUCGUAAAGACGAGGACUAUUGUUAAGAAAGCGAGAAAGCUAUUACUUGCAGAUUGGUAUAACCUCAUGAUUAAGGCGGAUUCUUAUAAAAACACAACUGAACAAAAAAAACUGACUACUUUGAUAAAUCUCACUUUCCAGGUUCUGAGACGGGGCUGCGCGUUCUACACAACUUGGAGUCUGGAAAGGCAGGCUUUUGAUAAAGAAAAAGAACUUGGGCUCAUCCAACCGCUAAACAAGGACCGGCCUGCUAUAACGGCCAGUAGCAUCUAUGAGGGAACUGAACAGGUCAGGCCUUCUACAAACUUAAUGGGUUUUAGAAGCUUGGGGGAACCACCUUUCGCUGUUCAGCGACUUAAUGAAGUGCAUGACAUCCUGUUCUCUUACAUCGGCUUAAUAUUGGGGCGGCUAGAUAUGAUAGAACACAAUCCUGUCGGAUGUGAGGUUUUGGAAUCUAUCGUACAUCAAAUAAUUGUUCUACUUCGAGAGUUGCUCUACAUUAGCAAAUGCUGUUCGUCAAUUGUUCAGAAUAAGUUCAAACAUAUACAGAGAGAUGAAGUUGCCUUGGACCAAAGUCUUGAUCCACUUCUGUCCUUGGUCUCAGAACUUGUUUCAUGCAUAAAAAUAUUUGUUACACAGACUAUGAAUGAAGAUGGUGAGAAACAUAGUAGUACUCACGGGGGAGCUUUUAUUAAAGAUGAAGCGUACUUUUACACCGAUGAAGGCAAACGGCUCAUGUCGAUCAUUGCAAUGAUGACUGGCCUUAUUAGUGUUUCUAUUCAAGGAUGUCACCGCUAUCUAAAAAUAGUCGGGAACUUUCAGCUUGGGGGAGAACGGUCGUAUCCUGACUUUGAAUCACUCAAAAUAUCUUCAGAUCAAUUUAUUAGAAGAUGUUCUAUUGGAUUAGCUAAGAAGCUUUCUAAAGGAUCAAAAGGGCGGCUCAGCGCACCUAAGGUGACAACUGCUGACGAUAGCAAGCGACAUCCUUACUCUAAGAAACUGUAUCGAUAUUCAAUGGUUAGGUCGGGCGGUAACGGAAAUAGUCUCACUUCAUCAGGCACGCAAUUAUUGCAAGAUGUCAUGCCAGAAAACAUGUCCUUUUUUAGUGAUGCAUCUUUUGAUAAAUAUAGACUUCGGGAUGGGGAUUUGAAUGCCACGGCCGAAAAAGAUGCAAUUAACAACAGAGAUAAAAUGACUGAGGAAACCCUUCGCGACAAAGAUGGCAAACUCGUCGGAGCCUCCCAUCGUGCUCUUGUUUUUGAACUCACAGACGAGCUAGGUAAUUCCAGCGAGUUUCUAUUGUCUACGUUUUUGCUGAACUUCAGGUCAUUUUCAAACGCUUUGGACUUGAUUUCCGAGCUCAUUGCCAGAUUUGACAUACCUGACAAAUCCUCAAUUUAUGAAAGGAAUACUAAUAAUGGACAGUACUCAUCGAGGUCUUCAAGGAUGAAAAAUAGACGUCGAAUGGUUUGCCGGGUGUUUCAGACAUGGAUGGAAAGCUAUUGGGAUUACCAAGGUGAUUUCAACAAUCUUGCUACAAUCGUCAACUUCUUCAACGAAGGAAUCUCCAUUCAUUUGCCCAUUGAGGCUCGAAACUUAAUUGAAAUAGCAGCAAAACUUGUAUUGAGCCUGACAGCAUCCAAACGCCCGGAGAAAUCGACCACUGUGCAAAUUUCACCUCGUGAUAUCAAUAUUCCCAGCAGGAAUUCAAUCAUAUCCCUGGAGUCUUCUGCGUCAAGUAAAAGGUCAACGAUAAUCUCAGUCGACGAAAACAUAAUGGAUGACUACGAGCUCACCAAAUUACCAUCCGCGCAAACGAGUACUAUAUCAAUACCUCUUCCUCUUUUGAAUGUAGGUACAUCAUCUCUUCUUAGUCGCAGACAACUAAGCGAAAUGGAGCGCCUCACAAAAAAUUACCACUCAAUGCUGUAUGUGAGGCAAUACGAUACAGGCAAUGACGAUAACAAUUCAAAACUGAGCUUAGAAGGCAUGAUAGAAAGGUGGUCAGCCCUUAUCAAAAAAUCAAGCUCCCAUGCUGUGCCUCCUAACCUUAUACACAACGAUUUGAACCUGGUUGAGUUAAAUCCCUUGGAGGUGGCUAAACAGUUAUCACUGAUUGAGUCAAAUUUGUUUCUAGCUGUGAGACCAGGGGAACUGCUCAAUCAAAAUUUCAUACCUAGGAAGAAGCAUCUGGCUGCAUCCCCUGAUAUUGAAAAAAUCAUAGAUUUUUCUAAUCUCUUAUCCAACUAUGUCAUUGAAUCUAUCGUUGCACCAAGAGUUUCAUUAAAAAUGCGUGCCAGCCGAUUAACGACUUGGUUAAACAUUGCGCUUUCCGCCCUUUACUUCAGAAACUUUAAUUCUGUAGCUACGAUCAUGACGGCCCUUCAAAGUCACAUAUUGAGUAGGUUGUCGCCUGUGUGGGAAAAUAUCAGUGAGAAGUACGCCGAACUCUUUCAUUAUCUGUCCAAGAUUAUCCACCCUAACAAGAACUACAAUGUUUAUCGCACUAAGCUACACAAACUAGCAACAGGUUUCUCCCCUCCUGAAAAUGUAUCAGUAAAAUCGCACGUUCCGGUAGUUCCAUUUUUCGCGUUGUUUUUACAAGAUCUCACUUUUCUCCAUGAAGGCCUCAACGACUUUCGGGAUCCAACCUCAUUUCGACCAAAUAAAUUGGUGAACAUUGAUAAAUAUACCAGAAUUACAAAAGUCAUAUCUCUCGUCCAGUUUUUCCAAGUGCCGUACGAUACCGAUGAGAGGCCAAACUUUUUAGGAAGUAAGAGAGAUUCCUUUUUCAAUCUUUCCGGAAAUGCUGACAUUGAUACGACAAGAAUAAAACCAGUGUCAGUAUUGCAAGAAUUUAUGCUAUAUGAGUUUUGGCGAACUAAUGUGCUUUAUUCAAAUGAUAGCGACAGGGGUUAUAAACUUAGUCUGGGGCUAAUUCCUCGAAACGAGGUUUAA